AUGGAUAAAAAAAUUCUAAAACGAAGUGCUAGUGGUUCGUCUUCCACAAUACCCAAAGCCAAAAAAUCAUCAUCAUCAGCAGCCGCUGUUGCAACAACAACAACAGUACCAGUAAGCAGAAAUGCCCCGCUUCCACGACCUGUCCGUCGAGUUAUUCAAAACUUUCUUCUCGUCUGGCUUGAUGCGAAUAUUGACGAGACCAAGGAAGAUUUUAAAAUUUCGUUAAAACAUCUACGGCAUAUUGUGGCAUCCAUUACAACAUUUACGGAUGACCAAGAAUGUUUUGAAUUUCUUCGUGAAAUUCAAAAUGAAAAAGUUUUCAUGAUUGUAUCUGGUGCAUUAGGACAACGAAUAGUACCAAAAAUUCAAGAACUGUUACAAUUAGACUCAAUUUAUGUCUUUUGUGGCAAUAAAUCAUUUCGUGAACAAUGGGCCAACAAAUUCUCGAAGGUCAAAGGUGUUUACACCGAUAUUAAACCAAUUUGUCAAGCAUUGGAAAUUGAUCGUGAACGAUGUGAUCGAGCUAUGGUUUCGAUCAGUUAUAAUGGUCUAGAUCCGCUGUUCAUGUAUACUCAAUUAUUAAAAGAAGCACUGUUGGAAAUCGAAGACGAUGAUAAAAAAUCUAUUGAAGACCUUGUUGAUUGUUGCCGUCUGGAACACGAUGUACCAGAAGAUGAAAUUAAAAAAAUUGAACGUGAAUAUCGUGCUCAUACUCCAAUAUGGUGGUAUACAGCGGAAACGUUCAUUUAUCCUAUGCUCAAUCGUGGACUUCGACAAAUGGAUGUCGACAUAAUACUUAAAAUGGGCUUCUUCAUCCGCCACCUACACAAUCAUAUCACAGAAUUACAUCGCGAACAACAAGACACUGUACCAGUCAAAUUUCAAGUCUUUCGCGGGCAAGGUUUGUCCAUGGAAGACUUCGAAAAGAUGAAAAAAAACAAAGGAGGACUUAUGUCCUUUAAUAAUUUCCUGUCGGCCAACCGCAAUCGCACGGUCCCAUUGGAAAAUUUCGCACGACCAGCCACACGAAGUCUUACUUCUGUUGGUAUCCUCUUCGUUAUGACUAUCGACACGGCGAUUUGCAUGAAAUCAUCGACACCUUUCGCCGAAGUCAGCAAAGUUAGCUUCUUCGAAAACAAAGAAGAAGUACUUUUUACAACACAUACAAUUUUUCGCGUCGAUCGCAUCGAAAGAAUUCACGACGGACAUACAGAUCGCCUAUGGCAGGUUAAUCUCACCCUCACAGGUAAUCAAGAUGAUGAUUUUAAUAAACUUACGGCACAGCUGCGUGAAGAACUCACUUGGGUGACAGGAUGGGCUCGCUUCGGCGAUAUACUGAUUAAACUAGGAGAGUCCCGAACAGCAGAACAUCUCUAUAAGAUACUACUCGAAAAAGCAUCUACUGACAAAGAGCGAUCACAUCAUAAUCAUCAGCUUGGUAAAGUGUAUGAUAACAUGGGCGAGUACUCGAAAGCACUUUCAUCGUAUGAACGAUCACUUGAAAUCCAGAAAAUAGCUCUCCCUCCUAAUCAUCCUGACUUGGCUUCUUCCUACAACAACAUCGGUAUGGUGUAUAGAAACAUGGGCGAGUACUCGAAAGCACUUUCAUCGUGUGAACGGUCACUUGAAAUCCAGAAAAUAGCUCUCCCUCCGAAUCAUCCAGACUUGGCUUCUUCCUACAACAACAUCGGUAUGGUGUAUAGAAACAUGGGCGAGUACUUGAAAACACUUUCAUCGCAUGAACGAUCACUUGAAAUUCAGAAAAUAGCUCUCCCUCCGAAUCAUCCCGACUUGGCUUCUUCCUACAACAACAUCGGCAUGGUGUAUUACAACAUGGGCGAGUACUCAAAAGCACUUUCAAAUUACGAAAAAGCUCAAGAAAUUUUGAAAAAGUCACUGCCUCCAACACAUCCACAUAUUGCCAUGGUAAAAAGAAACAUUGAAAAUGUCAAAAAGAAAAUGUAAUUUUUUUUUUAAUUUUUAAACGAGAAAAUAAAUUGCUCAUCUUGAAUACUUGGCACGCCAAAGCGCACCAGCUGCACAAUUUCCGGCACGCUCGACCAGGGAUAUCCUCCGUAUUCUGCUGGUUCGUACAGUGGACAAAGCCGGCAAUGAUUAGGUAAACAUACAUUGAUGUAUGUCGUGAAGGCCUACCAUCUGCACACCUGCACGGGUCCCCAACAGAACGUCGGAUACCUCUGAGGAGGUUAAUUUGUAUUAGAGCCGCCUCCCAAGCUCCGUUAGUUAUAAAAUUUUUGUUCUUCUGUUAGAAAGAACGAGAAGAAGCAGAAAAGAAAAGAAACGAAGAAAAGACAGACGCGAAAAAGACGACGUCGACGUUACGGAUAGACGGAUACGCAGUGUACGAUAACGACCGGUGUGUACCCACGAAAAAAACUUUUCAAAAAAAUUGUGGUAGGCAACGGUAUUAAAAACCGCGGUUUUGGCCGGUAUUUUCAGAUGCCGGUAGUCAGACCAUUUAUUCGUUUCUUUGAAAACGCUCAAAAGCGCGGUCUCAAAAACCGCGGUUUCGAGCGGUUUCAAAGAAACGCAUAGAUGGUCUGACUACCGUUAUAAUAAAAAAUCGCUCAAAACCGCGGUUUUUCAGACCACGUUUUCGAGCGGUUUUUCCCGACACACUAGAUUGAACCGACUCCAGCAUGCCGACCAUAACCUGAAGCAUUCAGACAUGGUGCCCUUCUAGGGGCAGUGAAGUGAGCUCUCUCGAGCUCCAUUUCCACAAAGUACCUUUGUAGAGUCCGAUUAAUUAUCUGUGUAAUGAUCGAAAAAUUUGGCAGAAAAAGUGGGGCACGACAUCUUGACUGUCCUUACACACUACUUUACACUUCGAUAUGCACGACGGUUUUUCACAGCAACACCGCGGUUCUGUAAGUGACGAACGCGGUUUUUAAAACCGCGUCUGCCAGCGGUGUAGCACAUCAUGGUGCGGAUACGCAAAACCGCAGUUUCUGAAACCGUUACUAACCGCGAUAUAGAACACUGAGAUUUUCCCACAGAAAAUCGCGGUUCUUCUAGUUACACCGUGGUGGGUUGAAAGAACCGCAAUAAACUUUACUUUUAAAUCUUCGUGACUUCCAUUUAAAAUAAAAUGAAUCUUCUACCAUAUGAAUUCUCAGGAAACAGUCUGCAUUAACAAUCAUUCGUUUUCAUUCAUUUAUGAAAUAACUAAUAGUUUUUUUGUGGCUCUACUUCAAGCCCUCCUCAACAGAAACACAUUAAAAACUAAAUAAAAGCUGUAGCAUUUUUUAUCAAUCGAUUUGUGAAAUUUCUACCACGAUAAUUUGCAGAUGAAUUGAAAAUCGUUAUAUUGUGCUAGAUUAAGUAUCGUUUGGUAUAUCAGUUUAACAUGAAAAUGAUAGUGAACAGAUGUAUUUCAAAUUAAUAGACAUUUCUUUUAAACAAAAUGAAAAGUUACCGCGUUUAUAAUAGAGAAUACCGCGGUUUACAAAAUCGGUGAGAACCGUUACAUGUGAAACUGCGAUUAUGAUGCAGUAAACCGCGGUUUAUGAAACCGGUGAUAACCGCUAUAUUUGAAACCCGUGAUAACCGCUAUAUUGGAAACCACGGUUAUGAUACAGUAAACCGCCGUUUAUCAAACAGGUGAUAACUGGUAUAUUUGAAUCCGCGGUUAUGAUACAGUAAACCGCAGUUUAUGACAUCGGUAGUAACCGCUAUAUUUGAAACCGCGAUUACGAUACAGUAAACCGGGGUUUAUGAAACCGGUGGUAAACGCUAUAUUGGAAACCGCGGUUACGAAUGCACACACCGCGGCUUUUGUGAACGCGGUGCAAAAAGACCGCUGUGAACCGCGGUUUUCAGCGGUUAUCGGAUUGACACCGCGGUGGAGUGCGAUGAAACCGCGGUUUUCGUAUAAAAAUUUUUCCGUGGGUAUCGAAUGAUGAAAAAUAGAGUGCACGAUAUCUUAUCUGUCAUUACAUAUAACAUGUUCAAUUCGUUUGUUUUCCGUCUCAAAUGUGUAACAACAAGUUCAAUGUCGUGCGCUCGCCAUUCAAACAAAUGAAUGAUUAUGAUUCUUUUGUUAUUACCCCCGUUUCGUAUGGAAUAAGAAAAAAAA